CGCCCUGCUGCAGCGCCCCGCCAUUGGAACCUGGAAACAGCGCCACAAUUUAUUUUCGAGUUGUUGCGUUUGUUGGAUGCAUUUAUCUUGUAUUUCAUUGUUUAUUGACAACAACUGGCAUUUCUCCGUUUUCUGGCACAUUAAACGAGUUCAAUUAUUAACUCAAGGGUCAUUACGCGUGUCUUGGCGCGGUUAUUACCGCUCGAAGAGCUGGAAGGACAGUUUCAACACAUUUGUGGUCCGUAUUCACGCUCACACCCAGCUGGAUUUUCAGCGUUGCGAUUAAAACACGACGAAGGCAUGAGCAAAGCUUUCAAACAACCCACAGUAUGAAUCGUGUACAAGUGGACUUUAAAGGGUUGCCAGCCCACAUCUUGGAGAACAGUGUUAGAACAGAAACCCUUCAAAACUUCAGGUCAUCGGACAAUGUCCUCACUCCACUGACAUUCCCAACAUCUAAAGUCUCUCUCUGGGAUCCAUCUCCCAGUGGUGAUGUUGUCAGUCUGCAUUUCUCAUAUUACAGGAAUCCGAGACUGUUACUUGUGGAAAAAGCAUUACGUUUAGCUCACCGGCAUGCUAGACAGACCAACAAGCCUCAGUUUUUCUGUUUCCUGCUUGGGACGCUGGCAGUAGACAGCGACGAGGAAGGUGUGACGAUAACCCUGGAUCGUUUUGAUCCGGGCAGAGAGCAGACGGGAUGUCCUGGGAAAGCACCAACUGCACUGCUCCCCGGAGACAUCCUUGUGCCAUGUGUAUUUGAAGCUCAGCAUACUGGCAGCACGGUGCACUCGGGGGAGGAUUUGAACAUCUCCUUCAAGAUGCUUCAGCAUUUCUGCUGCAGUAAAGAGAUGCUGGAGUUGUCCAAACUCCUGACUUUGCGAGCUCGUCUCAGCUGCUCCGAGAACAUGGACAGACUCACCUUUGACCUGUCCUGGGCGGCUGUCACUCUGGCCUGCACGCUAGAUGCCGUCCCUGUCCGGGCAGUGCCUGUCAUCCCUACCGCACUGGCCAGAAACCUCAGCAGCCCAGCAGGUGUGACCCAAAACAGCAGGAAACGUGGGUUUCUAACUAUGGAUCAGACCAGGAAACUUCUCCUCAUACUUGAAUCUGAUCCAAAGGCAUACACUCUCCCGUUAGUAGGAAUAUGGUUAAGUGGCGUUACACACAUCCAUAAUCCCCUGGUGUGGGCCUGGUGUCUGAGGUACCUGCACAGCUCCGCCCUCCAAGACAAAGUGAUGUCAGAGGGAGGUGCUUUCCUGGUGGUCCUGUAUUCUCUGACUCACCGGGAUCCGGAGUUUUACCAGUGUAAGCCAUGUGUCGGACAGCAGCAAAUGAGCUUUCAGCUGCACACCAGCACAGAGUCGUUCACGCUUUACAAGAAUGUAGAGCCUUCAGAAGGACGGCCUCUACAAUUUGAGCUUAGUGCUGAGAACCAAAAUCAGGAAACUGUGCUGUUUGAGGAAGUGCUCUCUCAGACUGUGUUAACAGGGACGACUCUUGCAGCAUCUUCAGCUGCUCCUCAGAAUAAAUUGUCUAUCAGUGAUCAUGACUCGGGUGUAGAAGAUGAAGACCUCUCUCCUCGGCCAUCUCCAAACCCUCAUCCUGUCAGUCAGCAGACUAGGCGUGUUCAUCCUUCAGUUCCAGAACUCUCUAUGGUAUUAGAUGGCAGCUUUUUGGAUGCAAGUCUUGUUAAUACACAAGACUCAACUCCUGUUCCUCAUAGCCUAUCAAAUGUCCAGCGGAGAAGCAUUAGUCCUGCCCACCAGGGCCUCUCAGUGUUGAGGCCUCCAGAACAGAGUAGCGUCCCUGGACCUCCCCCAAUCCGAAGACCACUAACUCCCAUCCUCUCUCAGCCAAUAAACAAACUACAUCCUAAUCCAGGACAACAAACACCACAACCCAAUGCAAGUAGAAAAUCCCUGCCCUCAAUAAGAAGAUCAAGAGAUGGCUCGUCAGCAUCAUCUGUAUCAUCAUCUUCAUCUUCUUCCUCGACAAAGAACGCUGCUUCGCCCAAUGGUUCUUUUCAUCAACAAAGGCACCGUUCUUCGCAAGGUUUUCCAACCAAAACCCAAUCAAUUUAUUCUGGACCUCCAACAUCGGGUCACAGCAGUGCCAGAAAGAGUUCAGUAAUGCCUAGCCAGACCCCCAUUCCUCAUCCGUCCCAACACAGACUUUUCCAUAGCACCCCGGCCGCCAACCCUUGCAGCUGCUGCACCAGCCAACCCACCAAUGUUCCCAUGUAUCAAAACAACUGGCAAGGGCCACCAGUGUAUCCCACCGUUGUGCACAAUCCUUGUGGUUUUCAUUGUGGCGCUGAGAGUGUCCCACCUGGGGAUCACUGCCUCUCACCUUCUCGGCAAUCUUUGGGUUGUCGCAUAUCUCCAACUAAAAGUCCUGUUUGCCAUCCCGCUGUUCCAGUUCACUACUCUCCAUCGCCCAGUCCGUGUGUCCCCACAGUUAACCCCAACAAAGGUUCUGUUGAUCAAGUCCCUUCCUGUCAAGCCCAGUGCUGCCAAGUCCAGGACACCCCUGUGGGUCUCCUUCCUGCUGAUGCGUACAGGAUGCUCAUGGAUCAAGAGCGUCAGUUGAAGCUACUUCAACUCCAGAUUCAAAAACUCCUUGAGUCUCAGAGCAAGACGACUCCAGUAUCAUCUGGUGAACAUGAUGCUCAGCAGGAAAGACCCAAUCAGACGCCAACAUCUCCACCCAAACGAACAAGUGUCAGUGUUGCUGUAGGAACAGGGGCGAGUUUGUUUUGGACCGCUCCCCAGGAGGCCCCCACACAUGAGGCCUCAAGUCUGGAUUGGCAAACUAAGAUGGAGCCAAAGUCUGAAGGUCAAAACGACAGUACAGUCACUUCCAGACUCGGAUCUGAAAAUGCAUUUCAUUACUCCCAAGAGCAGAGUCCAGGAUCUCCUCUACAUCCAGCAUCUCCACAACACGACAUGUCGUCUGGUUUUGGAGCCCAUUCGUUUCAGAGUCCAGUGUUGGGAGAGAGUGCUAGCAUGUAUUAUCACUCGCAGUCACAGAGUAAAGAAUUGUCUGAAAAUGGAGAAAUGGACAACCCAAGGUUUUACCAAGAACUACUGGGUCAAGUGCAAAGUCGUCUGCAAGACUCCAUGCCUGUGGGUGAAAAGGUAGAGCAAGACCAACAGAGUGUCUCAAACAGACAAAGUCUGUCCCCUAUAGUUCAUCAGUCAAGGAAAUCACCAACAACAUCCAUACCCCAAACUCAAAAAGCAAAGCACGGAUCCAGUCCACCAGGUCAGGACCGUGUCUUAAGUGCAACGUUGAGACAACUCCAACAGUUCGGGGUGAACUUAGACUUGGACUCUUCCCAGGCAAAGAUGACACGUGCAACUGUGGAGAGUGCCAGCACCCUCGCUUGCAUAAACCCUGAUGCAGUGAUUCCAAGACUAGCUCUUUCCGAACCAAUGGGGACCAGCAUUUGGGGACCAAGCGGCAGUGUAGACCUCAGCCUGGAGGCCAACGCUAUUGCACUUAAGUACCUAAGCGACUCGCAACUAUCACGACUCUCAUUGGGCGGUCAGUCAUCCAGCCCACAUCCAGACCCCAGCGCAAUUCUCCUGAGAAGACCCGCUGCUGAAAAGAGCAGCGUUGGACUCAGUAUGCUGUCCCCCAGCAAUAUGUCUCUAGCUACUUGUAAGUACAUGAAGAAAUAUGGACUGAUUGAGGGAGAAAACAGUAGUGAGGAAGAGCAAGAGGAUGCCGUUCUGGUAGACUCCGCUCUCGGGUGUUCUGUACAGCACGAAACGUCCAAGAACGUGAGCGUUAGGCAAGACUGCGAAGAACAAAGUUCUGCGGUUCUCAAAAACAUUACAAACAAGGCAGUCACCAAUCUCUAUAUGUCUCCUGUUGACUCUCAAGAGCAGUUAAUUCGAGACUUGCGGCCCAAAAUGCAGUUGCUUAUGCAUGGCGGGACAAACACGGAGAAGGAGAAUGACUCAAAAAACGUUCUGCCUAAACGUAGGUCCUCGCUAACUGAAAACCAGAGGAUGCAGGAAGUCAUGGAGCCUCAGGGGUCGGUGGGAAAUUUCCUGGAUCUGAGUAGGUUACGGCAGCUGCCUAAGCUCUUCUAAAAUGCACCAUUUUCCAAAUGGUCACUGGGUCGUUUGUGUGUGUCAAAGGGAUUCAAGGAAUGUCUUUCUGUUUUAAGGCAAUCCUCAAAAAUUUGUCUUCCAUUGUUUGUUUACAUAGUAUACCAUGAUUUUAUUUUUAAAAGUGUACAGACCCUUUUCAGUAAAUGUUUUUAAGUAUGUUUUAUUUCUAUAAAUUUCGUCUUGUUUUGUCUAACCCGAAGGGGCCUUAAUGUUUUUUUUAUCUUAUUUCAUUUGAAAGCUUGAAGGUUUUUUUUUUUGUGUACCUGAUGACUCCUUAUGUGUCAUGUACAGCAAAUAGUUAGUGUCAUGUAUGAAGUGACUCACUUAAGGCAGUAUUGUUUCAUUUUCCCUUUACUCAUUUUUAAACGCUUUCAAAAUCUUCUCUUUUGUUUCUUGGCAUUACUUGACUCCACUGAUUUACCUAAAGUUGGCAUGUUCAAUUUCAGAGGGAGAACUACUGUUUGUUUUAAUCUUUGUGUUUUGUAUGUUCUUUUUAAAUGACUUUAUGUACAUGUAUCUGUCUCUUAAAUAAAUUUCAUAUUCUUUUAUAUAA